AUGUCAUCACUUAUCAUCAUAGCAUUGAUCAUAAUUGGAUUCUCGUUCUUCAAGCCAUUCUUGCAAAAGAAGGAGGCCAAGGUAAUCAUUGUUGCCAUCGCCCUUCAGGUUCUCCCCAGCGUGGCUCUCCCUUUUGCAAUGACCAUGGGAGACACUUGGCCCGACGUAGUGUUGUUACUGAGUUGGUUGCACCUGAUCUGCGUGUGCACCAUCCUCCUUAUGACAGGGAGAUCUCAUUGGUCGCUGCGCAAGGCUGCGAAGAUCGACAAGAAGGCAGCAACGUCAUCGACUAAAAUUAACAAAUUUUACUGGUUGUACAUCUUGGCAAUGGCUUAUUUGUAUGAAAUACCAGUGUUAGCAGACUCUUUGAGGGUCGUCAUGGCAUAUGAGAACAGCUGGGUGAGCAAUGUCGUGGAGGAGGGUGCGAAUCUAACGAUUUUUGUGGUGUCGCUUUGUAUGUUUAGGCCUGUCAAUGAGUACACUAUUAUUGACGCACAGGAUGAGAAGGAAGAAACUAUGGCUGCAGCAAAUGAAGAGUCCGGGGUUUGA